UAUCUUCUUUACUCUGAUGAUUUUUGUUAUUAUGUUAAUAACAUGGACCUUACUAUGGGUCUUUGUACUGAGAACGCAAAAUGUUACUGCUUUGUAUUUUGCUGGAUUAUUCCGUAUAGCAAAUGUUGAAUUUAUUCCUGAGUAUCGAAGGAAGGACUCCCCUGAAUUUCUCUCCAUGGCAGCUAAAGUUCAGCAAGUGAUGAACAAUGUUUAUAAGAAGUCACUUUUCUCCAAGUUGUACAAGCAAUCAACUGUUUCUGAUUUAAGUAACAACAACAAUGGUGGCAUUCUCGUUCACUUCUGGAUUAUUUUCAUUGUUCCAAAUAUGAAGACUCUAUUUGUGUGUGAAGACUGUGUCAGUGCAGUCUUAAAGGACUCUAUUCAGACAAGCCUGGUAAACCGUACAUCGAUUGGGUACCUUCUUGGACUUCCUGUGGACAUGGACUCAAUUGUUGUUAAUGCUGGCCUCCGUUCUGAUUACAUUGCUACAGCUGUGACAGGUUCUAAAUAUGUUAUCGAUAAAUUUGCUGAGCAGGCUGGUAUUCCUGUUCCUUUAAACUUCUUUGCUGCUUCUGGACGAGUACACUGCCACUUCAAGCUCAAUUCGCCACCAGGACAUGUCAUUCGCCUCUCUCUCACCUCCUUACAGAUCGAACCUGACAGCUGUGUCACAGAUUCUCUCAGCAUUUUUGACUCACUUAUGCCAAUAAGGAGUAAGAAUUUGUACCGAGUCUGCGAACCCUUUGCUUCUUUCCCAGUUUCCUUUGUAUCUACUGGCAAUGGCAUGUUUCUUUCAUUCAAAUCCCUCAGAGUGCAUGGAAUAAGAGAAAUAAAUGGAUAUUUUGAGGCAAUUCCCAACAAAAAAUUUGAAAGCACAAUAAUUUCAACAGAUGGAAUAAGAUUGGAAGGAAAUAUCACCAGUCCAUAUUAUCCCAGCUAUUAUCCUCUAAAAUGUAGUUGUACCUGGACAUUUAAGAUAUCUACACCUUCUCUUGGACUAGCACUGAAAUUUCACAACUACACCGUGAAGGAAAAGGGGCUUGAAAGAUGUGAUCAUGGCUGGUGGAAAAUAAAUGAAAAAAUGUACUGCGGUUAUCAAAUAGAUCACCAGACAGUGUUCCACAUAGCAAAUUUCCUGGUUAAUAUCAUGUUCCAGUGCAGUGGAAAACAAUCAGACAAGGCAUUUCUAGCAGAGUACAACAGUUAUAACAUCAGCCAGCCUUGUCCUAAUGGAUAUUAUGUUUGCUCUACUGGUCUGUGCAUCCGACAGUCUCAACGUUGUGAUGGAUCAGAUGACUGCUUUGAUGAAAGUGAUGAAGUAUUUUGUUCUCCACCACCAAAAGAGUGCAACACAAAUUCUCCACAACACUAUUUUAUUUGCAAUGGAGUCAAAGAUUGUGAGAAUGGCAGCGAUGAACUCAAUUGCACAGACUCUGUACCCUGCACAAAUGUCACCUAUAAAUGUCAGAAUAACCUAUGUAUUAGGAAGAGGAACGCUAAAUGUGAUACAAGUGUAGACUGCUUAGAUGGAAGCGAUGAAAUGAAUUGUGAUUGUGGUAUUCCGAGGCAGCGGCGCAGUCGGAUAGUAGGAGGAUCUAAUGCUCAUGAAGGACAGUGGCCUUGGCAAGUUAGCCUGCACUUUUCUGGAUCACCAUAUUGUGGAGCUUCAGUAAUAACAAAGAAGUGGCUCUUAUCUGCAGCACAUUGCUUUCAGGGGGAAAAAAUGUCUGAUCCCAGGUCAUGGAUAGCUCAUUUAGGAAUGUGUUCUCAAGGAAAUGCAAAAUUUGUAACUGAACUCAAAAGGAUCCUUGUUCAUGAAUACUAUAAUAGUCGAAACUUUGACUAUGAUAUUUCACUGCUACAACUGAAGGCAGCUUGGCCAGAUACACUUGCAUCAGUAAUCCAACCAAUUUGCGUCCCCUCACUUACUCAAGUGAUAUCCAAUGAAGAGAAAUGCUGGGUGACUGGCUGGGGGCAGAAACAGGAAGCAGAUAGCAGUGAUUCUACAGUUCUUCAACAAGCAGAGGUUGAAAUCAUGAAUCAGUCACUCUGCCGUUCCACCUAUGGACUUGUCACUCCACGCAUGCUCUGUGCAGGAUUACUUUCAGGGAAAAGAGAUGCUUGUCGUGGUGACUCUGGUGGACCAUUAUCUUGUCAGGAAAGAAUUGGUGGAAGAUGGUUUCUGACUGGCAUUGUUAGUUGGGGCCAUGGAUGUGGAAGAGAAAAUUAUCCUGGGGUCUACACAAGAGUAUCAAAGUUUGCCACGUGGAUCCAGCAGCAUGUCUCUACUUUACCAAUUAUUGAUGAUUUUACAUAG